AAAAUGUGGCAACUGCAAAACUACGAUUUUUCUUUGUAUUGUUAAACGCGUACUCCCGCUGUCCAUUUGACUAAGCAAUUUUCCUUCAAGAUGGAAGGAAUAUUCAAAGAAAAAUCUGAUUGCCUUCCCAACGGAAAUGCGUUAGCUAACGAUGAGGUCAAAUCUCCAUUUCUUAUUGGCGUAGCCGGAGGCACAGCCAGCGGUAAAUCGACUGUUUGCAAAAAAAUAAUGGAACAACUCGGGCAGGCCGAAAUGGACCAUACGCAACGUCAGGUGGUGUCCAUCAGUCAGGAUAGCUUCUAUCGCGAGUUAACUCCAGCCGAAAAGUUGAAGGCGCAAAAAGGCAAGUUUAACUUUGAUCAUCCGGAUGCGUUCAACGAGGAGCUCAUGUACGAGACACUGCAGGCCAUUCUCAAGGGUAAAAAGGCAGAAAUACCCAGCUACGACUAUCGCACCAAUUCGCUGGACUUUGAUAACGUGCUGGUUAUCUAUCCAGCGGAUGUGGUCCUCUUUGAGGGUAUAUUGGUAUUUUAUUUUCCCAAAAUACGCGAUCUAUUUCAUAUGAAGCUCUUUGUGGACACCGAUUCGGAUACACGUCUAGCGCGUCGGGUCCCACGUGAUAUCAAUGAGCGUGGCAGGGACCUGGAUGCUGUGCUCACCCAGUACAUGACCUUUGUGAAACCCGCCUUUGAGGAGUUUUGCUCGCCGACCAAAAAGUUUGCUGACGUUAUCAUUCCUCGCGGUGCAGACAAUACAGUUGCCAUCGAUUUGAUUGUGCAGCACAUACGGGACUUUCUGAACAACCGUUCGUAUCCUGGUUCAACGGGCAAUAUGGGGCUGUAUAUGAACAUGGAUCUGUGCGGUGGCGAUGGCGCCUUCGGCGCAGAUGCGGCUAUCGGCAACAGCACCUACAAUGCCAUCAGGCGUUUCUCAACGCUCUGCAAGGAGCUGACCAUGAAGGGCAAUGCCUUUUUCGAGACGAACAAGAAUCUGCCACAUCACUGAGGAGCAUCAUCUAUCAGAAUGCAGCACACAUGCGAUUGUUAUAUAGAAUUGUAUUUUUCCAAUAAAUGAAA